AUGCAGAGCACACUUAUCACCCCUCUGUCAACAGCACUGCUCUUCUCUGAUCGCAAGGAGUUUGUUGAGACUACAUUUCUGUGCCUAGUGGACGAGACACCAACCAGGGAGAGGAUGGAAGAGGGAGACAACAGUCAGAGAGAGGAAAAUGGGACUGGAGGCAUGGAAGAAAUGCAGAACAGGGUGAAGCAGCCGGCGGAGUCUGACCGUCGAGAUUCAUACUCAGAAAAGGAGAAGGAGCAGAGAGUUUAUCUGCGCUGUCUCACUAGAAAACAGCUGCUGGUGAUGUCUGCGGCAGUGGGACUGACCCUGCUCCUCAUCAUCAUCAUCACUGUCACUGCCGUCGUGGUCUCCAACAAGUCAGGUUCCCCGGGUCCUCUUCCCUCAUUUCCUACUGAUGGAGACAUGCUGGAUUUCCUGGUUGAGACGGGUGAGAUCAGCGCGGCUGACGGUCUUCUGGCUACCUGGUACCACCGAGCCAACAACAAGUCUGAAAUGAACAAGGCUCUAGCAAGUGAUGUAAUGAUCCUGGAAGCUGAUGUCAACAUGGACAGGCCUCAAACACCCAAUCAAAAGCCAGUCCCUAUCAUGGCCCACCCCCCUGCCGUUCAGAGUGACAACACUCUGGACCAGUGGCUGGACGCUGUGCUCCAGUCCAGAAAAGGUAUAAAGUUGGAUUUUAAGUCUCUGGCCUCAGUGGGUCCAUCUCUGGAGCUGCUGAGUGAAAAGAACAGAAGCAGAGGCAUUGACAGGCCUGUGUGGCUCAACGCAGACAUACUGACAGGACCAAAUGUCCCAGACUUCAUCCCGCCUGUCAACGGAACCGGUUUCCUUCACUUGAUCCAGGAGAAGUUUCCAGAUGUGACUUUGUCUCCUGGAUGGAAGGUACUCUACUCUCCAAUUUCACCUGCGACCUACACAAGAUCAAUGGUGGAGGAGAUGUAUGACAUGAUCAGAAAUGUUCAGCAAAAGGUGACGUUUCCUGUCCAUGCCAUGUUGGUUCGCCGUAGUUGGCAACAUUUCAGUUGGCUGCUCAGCCAAUCGUCACGGUUCAGUCUCACCUUAUGGCAGGGAUCAAUUCAUCCCAAUGUCAGUGACCUGCUCUUCGUCCGCGACAACAGCCACCCCGCCAGAGUCUACUACGAUAUAUAUGAGCCGACGCUGUCAGCGUUUAAACAGGCAGCAAGGCAACAAGGCCGUCUGAGGCGAUUCUAUCCCGGAGGAGACCUGAUGACGUAUUUCUACCACACCGGCAGCUCAGAUGCUGAUUUCCUGUCCCGAGGCAACCACCUAGAAUCACCAGGCAGUGACAGGGACAGGGACAGGGACAGCCUGGCCAUCCACUGGUCCACAGUCACUGACAGAGCCUCCCUGAUGGCUCAGCUUUCAGCCGGUGGCGGUGGCAUGCUGCUGGUUCGGGUGCGUUCUGACAGCGACCAGCCCGCCGUCCCUCUGGUGGAAGGCUCUGGCCAAACCUCCGACCUACUCACACUGCAGGACUUGUUGGAGCUGGUUGGGUCGAGGACUGAUGCCUCCUGGGGUGUUUACCUGCGAGUUCAGACCCAGCAGCUUCUGGAAGCUUCCCUCAGGCUGCUGGAUGAAGCCUACAGCAGAGAGCAGCUCUACAGGCCUGUCUGGAUCGGCAUGGAGGCUCCACACAGCCGCUACAAUACACAGGAGUUUGUAUCCGCAGUAGAGAGGCUUUUCCCUUAUGUCACCCUCGUCCUAACAGAGGACAGCUGGCCUCCUCAGAUCCCAACAGCAGUGAGAGGCUUGUCUCAGCGACUGGCUCUGCAUCUGAAAGCUCAGUCACUACCCAGCCAAGAGGAAGUGCCUAACAUGCAAAUGACGGGCAGAUAUGACUUAAUAGUGGAGGAGGAGAAGGAGGAGAGAAGAGAGGAAGACAGAAAGAGCAGUGCUGAAGCUUUAUCAGGCUUCAAAGAGCGUGUGACGCAGCAUAUGGGGAGAACUGACUCAAGGCUCUAUGUUAUAUCUCACUAAUCUACAGCCACCAGUCAUGGCAAGACAUCAAUCAAGUGUAAACCACUAUGGAGACUAAUUAAGAUGUCAGUCCAGAACAACACUCAAAACCUACUGACAGAUCUAAAAACUGGCAUGUGCUACAUCAGGAAUGAUUAGUUUCCGGAGGUGACGAGGUGAAUUUUCCUGCCCAUGCCGUUUUGGUCCACCGUGGUUGGCAACAUCUUAGUUGGCUGUUCAGCCAGUCACCUCUGUGACAAGGACAAAUUCACACUGUCUAAUCACUCAAAAGGAACAGUUGGCCCACUAUUUAUCCUCACAUAGAAACCAUGUAAGUAUAGCUACAAGCAGGGGCACCACCACAAAUUUUGGGCCCCACCAACCCUGUGCAAUUGCUGUAACCACACCUCAAGAGGCCAACCAACCCAUCCAAAGCUUUAAACAACUUACUUUAAAUAAUACUUUUGUGGGAUUGCAACUCUCUUGUCCAGUACUUACUGUGGGAUAUUUAUUGACAGUGAGCUGUGAAAAUAUGACAUUGUGUAAACAGUGGAAUUCACCAUUUAAUGCUUGACUCACACCGUCUAGGCCAUCUUUUACAUUCUAAAUGUAAUUUUAAUUGUAUUAUUCCUGAACGGAAAAUUCUCUUAAUAUUAAUGAAUAACUUUAAAUAAAUAACCUAAAUAUCCAUUAACCUUUUUGGUUAAGGUAAAUAUGUAAUCUUUUAUGGAAUGAUAUAACACACAAAAGAAAAGUUAAAGUGGAAAUGAAGAAUGGAAAUGGAAAUGAAAAGGCCUGAUGGUGGCGCUAAAGGAGAGGUCAAGUGGUCACCAAAAAAAUAGUUUUUUUCCACUUGGGGUUUUGAUUGUGCACAACAACUUUUAUGGCAAUCCAGCCAUGAAUUCUCAUCCCAUCCUAACCCAAAACGAACACUGUAGGACUACUCGACUACAAAACCAAGUUAUUGAAACAGCAUAUGUUUAAGUAUGGUUCUGUCCCUAGCUUUUUGAUCAUUAUAAACGGUUUCCACUGUAUUACCUUUAGUGGGGUGAUUUUGGCUGAUGAAAAUGCUGAGUGGCUACUAGCCACUCGCCCCAGUGGGUGAGCCACAAGAUUGUCAAGCCCUGAUCAUGUCUAAUGCAGAAAUGGAACAUCUGUGGGAACAUUCACUUAAACAUUUUCCAGUAUGUAUAGUAUAGUAUAGUAUAGUAUGGUAUGUAUAGUAGCCUAUAGUAUGGAGAAUGGAGUAGCUGGUGUGCUGCCGCAGGCCAUGCGGUCCCUGUAUAACCGCAGUGAGAGCUGUGUCCACGCUCUUGGCAGUGAGUCAAGCUUGUUUCCAGUGGGUGUUGGACUCCGACAGGGCUGCUCCUUGUCUCCAAUUCUGUUUGUGAUCUUCAUGGACAGAAUUUCAAGGCGUAGUCGGGGUGUGGAGGGUGUCCAGUUUAGUGACCACAGGACUGCAUCCCUGCUCUUUAAAUAAAUAGGAAUAUAAUAAAUAGCAAUAAGCUGAAAUGACAUGUUGACCUUGAGUGGCCCAGAUUUCCCUUUGGAAAUAUGUAGAAUGACUUGUGGUGAACAGACACUCCCCAUAUACCGAGCAGGAGUUUGCAAAUGUCAGAGGAAGAGCUGGGGAAUACCAAAAUCCAGAUAUACUUGAGCAAAUACAGACAAAUGUAAGAUGUCUAAGAUGUUAUCACUGCCAAAGGUGCUUCACAGCAGCCAUUUUGCCAUGAAGUCGUGGUUAAACACAGGCGCAUGCACAUUACAAGAUAUAGAGGUCAAGGUGGUUGCUUGCUUUUCCAAGGGUGGCAGUGCUGCCAGGUCUGUAUAACUGUAGGGAAAGUAUUUAAGAUGAAAUGCUUCCAAAAAUAUCAUCUUCCACUUUUGUCAUCCAGUCUGUAUUCCAUUCCUCCAGCUACUGUAUCAGGCUACUGGGAAAAUAACAAGUGCAGGACAGUUUCAUAAUGAAAAGCUGAAAGAGAACACACCUGUCAACAGCAUCUGUAGGCCAAAUGCUCUGAGUACGGGUGAAUGCACAGUUUGAUGUGAAACUUUCACUUUUCAAAGCAGUAGUAGACA